AUGGCAACGAGACGAAGGCGAAACGGCGGAGGCAGAACAAUGCGCAGAUCUGAUAAUUGUGUGAAAGCAAUUAUAUUAGAUGUGGAUGGUCUGAAUUCUGAUUUUUAUGUUCAAAUGGAUGGUUUGAAUUCUAAUUUAUGCAAGACGAUUUUAGAUGGAGGAAGAAAUUCUCAUGAUUGUCACAUGAUUCCUGCAAAACUGGUUCACUUAACCAACAGAGUGUCGUCCCCACCCUAUGGGGAUCCCCAUGCCCAUGCUGUCAACUUGAGUUUGAUUGAUGGGAUUCAUGUUUAUAGUUAUGCUGAACCAAUUUCUAUCCUGCAAUAUGCAAAUGACACUUUGUUGUUUGUUUCAAAUGAUAUUGCUAUGGUUCAAAAUUUAUUGCGUAUUCUAUGUUUCUUUGAAUUAAUCUCGGGCUUACAAACCAAUUUUAAUAAGUCGGCAAUUAUAAGGUUGAAUGUUGAUGAUGUCUCUUUGGCUGCAACUUCUAAUAUUCUUAGCUGCAAACUUUAUUCUCUGCCUAUCAUGUAUUUGAGAUUACCUUUAUCUUCCAAAUCAGUUAGUCUUAGUCUCUGGGAACUGAUUGUAAGUAAUGUUUCUACUCAGCUUGCGGCUUGGAAAGACAAUUUGCUUUCUCCGGGAAGCAGACUCAUCUUGAUCAAAUCAGUUCUUAGUAGCCUUCCGCUUUAUUAUCUUUGCUCCUUUUUGUUUCCACACUCAGUGAUCACUACUCUAGAGCAUUUUAAGAGAAGAUUUUUAUGGAGUGGUUCGGGUGAUCAUAUGGGCUUUAGCAAGGUCGCUUGGGCCGAUGUUUGUGUUCCGAUAGACAAUGGUGGUUUAAAUAUUUUGCCACUUCGUUUCAGAAAUCAAUAA